AUGGACGAGACGGGGAAAAGAGCAAGGAAAAAUGGCGCUGCUUGCCGCCAAUAUCCCCUUUCGGUGAAUGGAGUCGAGAAAGCCGUCACGAAAAGGAUCAUUUCGAGAAAGUGCUCCCGCCAUGUCUCUUCCCUCCAUCUCCAAUCUCGAUUUCCGGUCCAUUCACCCCAUCGCCAUUCAACCGAUUCCCCCUCAUCAUCGACUUCAUCCGCUUCAUCGACUUUUCUCCCCAUUAAACAGCCAUUCGUUUCUUCUUUAUCCCCACCAUCCCCAUGCUCGGCUUCAGCUCAAACCGAUGAGAAUUUCGAUGUCUUUGUGAACGAGACAAUUGCCGGGUUGGCCGAUCGAGCAAUCGGAGACGCUAUUGCGAAUCUUCGAAUCGAAUUUCUCGAAGGGUUGUUGAUGAAAGGAAACGAGUGUCACAAGAGAACGACGAUGAGUCUCAAGUCUGAACUUGAGAAAAGGAAACAAGAACUGAGUACAGCUGAGCGUAAAAUCGACGAUCUUGAAAGAAGCCAUCAAGCAGCCCUUGAUACUUGUCAACGAUUGACGAUUCGUGCAAUCAGAAAUCUCGAAGCUUUGGAAAAGACACGGCGAAGAGUGAGAAGCAUAGCAACGGGUGAGGUCCAUUCAAUACGGGAUGACGGAAGAAUUGAACUGAUGAAUACAGAAAUCAACAAGGACUUCCUCCCGUGGUUGAUCGGCAAAGCUGAGAGUACCUAUCGGCACCAAAGUGCCAACUCAAUUGCAAAUUCCAAGCAGACAUACCACUCCUUUAAAGUC